AUGGUCAGGAGCACGAGUAGCAGUUUUAAGCUGAGUGAUGGCACUGAAUUAUAUUCGCGAGUGUGGGAACCAGAGCAACCUCCCCAGUCGCAUGUAGCCUUUCUGCACGGCUUUAGCGAUCGCUGUGAUCAUUAUGAUGACUUCUUUUCGCUCCUCGUUUCCACCUAUCCCAUUCAGGUGCACGCCUGGGACCGACGCGGUUGGGGGAAAUCGGUGAAAACGAACGAUCAACGCGGUGAUAUUGGUCGAACCCGACAGAUUCUGCUUGAAAUCAACGAAGCGCUGCUGCAUAUUGCCUCGUGCAUUCCGGAUAUCGAGCGCACUCCACUCUUUAUCAUGGGCCAUAGCAUGGGCGGCCAGGAGUCUGCAUUCUACCUGCUGUCCACCAGUCCUGAAUUGAGCCGCGGACAGCGUCCGCCCAUUGCGGGUUGGAUUUUGGACGCUCCUUACAUCGGGUUAGAUGAUGCCAGUCGGCCGAGUUGGUUUACAGUCGAGGCUGGCAAGAUGGUAGCGCGGGUUUGGCCCAAAUUUAAAUUCACCCAAACGCUGAACGUGAAGUUUGUGAGCCGAAACCAGGGCGUCCAGGAGAUGUACCGGACUGACCCUCUGUGCCACAAUACUGGCACUCUCGAGGGGUUAAAGGACCUACUCCAGCGUGAAACUGACUUGACCAACCUCUCUGAAUCCGACCGGCCCACUCCCUCCCAUCUCGCAUCGCGACUCCCGUGCCCUGUCUUUUGGGCGCAUGGGUCCCAAGACUCGAUCACCUCCCACACCAUUUCGAAACGACUCUACGAUAGACUAGCUCCCCAUGAUCCGCAAGAACCGGAUGCAAAGACGUGGAAAUCGUUUGAGGGCGGCUUUCACCAACUGCAUGCCGAGCCGGAUGGAAUCAAGGAGGAGCUAAUGCGGGACAUCGGCGAGUGGGUGGGAAAGAUCACUGCGAAACAGCUGUCCCGCCAGCGAGUAGACGAAGAGCAGCAAGAUCAGUGUUAG